AUGUUUCCCAGUUGCCCGGACAACAUGCAGCCUCCAGAAACCCAACCUUCCAGUUCUCAGUCCCGCCCCCGACGGAAAUUUGCCACUCUGGAUUGGUUCCCAGAACCCAGUCUCCUCCUCUGGCUCUUAGAUCGUUGGGCCUCUUCUCUGCCCCUCCUCGUGUGUGGGUCACACCACAGGGAGACACAACAGAGGCAAGAGAGGGUCUUGCAGGAAGGAAGAGGCAGGGACAGCAAGGAAAUACGACCUAAGACCAAAGAAAAAGGGACAAAAGCUGGGACACAGAAGAAGAAAAGGAAUGCAGCUGUUGAUGUGGAGACUGAAACCAUGCACAGGCUGGCACUGCUGGAAAAGGAGCUGCUCCAAGACCACUUGGCUCUGUGGAGGGAUGAGGCCCGCCGAGCCAAGGCUUCUGAAGACCGGCUGAAGCAGAGGAUACAAGAACUGGAGGCUGAACCGGAGGGGGCCUGGAGUGAAGGGAAGGCCAUAUAUGCAGAGAUGAGUCGUCAGUGCUGCACCCUGCCGCAGGCGAUGGAGACCCAUAGCAGGCAGCUGGAGGAGGAAGUGAGGGGCCUUCGGGAGCAGUUAGAGAUGUGCCAGAGGGAGGCUGAGGCUACACAGAGAGAGGCUGUGCAGGCCCUUGGAGAGUGGGACCGAACUCUGGCUCAGCUUUGGGCCCACGUGGCAGACAUGGAGGCCAAAUAUGAGGAAAUCUUACAUGACAGCCUGGACUGGCUCUCGGCCAAACUGAGAGCCGUCAAGCCUCAGUGGGAUGGGGCUGUGCUGAGACUCCACGCCCAGCAUAAGGAGCAGCUCUGCCAGUUUGGACUCAACCCCCUGGAUCUUUGA